CUCAUCCCUGGUGUGGGAUGACGUCAAAUUCAAGAUGGAUGGAAUCACGACUAGCGCGCAGAAAUCUAGGCAACAGUGAAUAAAGUCCCGGCUGCGAGGAGGAAAGAGCAGACAGACGACGGGCAGGCCAUGGAGAGCCUAGUGCAUUACAGCAAUCCCUCCCAUGCCCUCUCAGUGUUAGCGUUCCUCAAUGAGCAGCGUCUGCGGGGCCAGAUGUGUGAUGUAGUCCUGGUUGUGGCAGACCAGAGGUACCAGGCCCAUAAGAGUGUUCUGGCUGCCACCAGUGAGUAUUUUCAGUCCCUGUUCACACGGAUGGAUGCAGAGUCACUGAAAGUUGUAAACCUGGACUUCUGUGAGCCUGACGCCUUUGAGAUAGUUCUGAAUUACAUCUACUCCUCCUCACUUUUUGUGGACAAAGGCAGCCUGGCAGCCAUUCAAGAGCUGGGCUACAGCCUGGGAAUCCCUUUCCUCACCAACAUAGUGUCAACAAGGCCACACGCAUCCUACUGUGUGUCAAGAAAAAGGCUUUCGUUCUCGGAAGGGGAUGAGAACGAUGUCCAGACGAGGAGCGUCAUUGUGCGUCGGGUCCGAAAUGACACACCCCAUCCCUCGCACUUAAAUUAUCAGAGAAAAACAUCAGAGAGAUCAUCAUCUCCCCACUCUACUCGAGAGUCAGCUCUGCCUCCAGCAGUACACAACUCAUAUGAAUCAGUCCAGAACUGUGACUCCAUCAGCAGGAAAUCAUCUGAACAGAGUGAAGCUGCAGAGAGGAAGUCCACCUAUCCAUACACAUCCAUAUUAAAAGGGAACUCAUCCCACAUCACAUCUGUUAGGCCCCAGCUGACAUCCUCAGUGUCUUUCAGUGAUGCGGAAGUGCAGCACAUCAGGCUGCAGUCUGGCACUGACCAGGACACUAAACAGGAGAAUGACGAGCUGGAGACCCACUAUCACACCAAAGUGCCCUUUCAGGAUCGGGCCCCUGAGCCAAGCCAGACCAUUGACAGGAGCGGGCCACUCAUAAAAAGCCUACUCCGAAGAUCAUUAUCCAUGGACAGCCCUGUUCCAGUCUUCUCACCCACACUGGAGCUCAAGGUGCUGCAAAAUCGUGAACAGUCAGUUGUGAAAAUGGCAUCAAAAGCGUCUGGGCCAGAGACAUCUGCUCACAAUGGCAAUUCAAAAAGAACAUCUCCGCUGGUUCUCAGGUCAAAGUACCCCAGCAGGUAUGAUGAAAAAACUCAGGUAGAAAGAGAGGUCAGUGUGAAGGCUGAGCCCAGCAGUCCACUCGCUGAUCCCAUGGACAUUGUUCGAAUUACAGUUGGAGAUGCAUUGCCAGUCAAUCUUAAAGACUUGCAAACUAAUUAUGACCAAGGUCUCAGGCCAGACUUCAAUCCUUUUGGGAAAAGGAAGGACAACAGAAGGUACCCAUUCAAGAAGAACAAAAUAUUUAAAGAACAUACCCUCCCACUUGAUAAGAAAAUGUCAGAAACAGUACCUCAGAGUGCCAGCAGUGACUCCAAUGAAAACUGCGAGGAGCUGCCUCAGAACAAGAUUUUCAAAUGCUGGAACUGUUUAAAGGUUUUCAGGUCCAGUGCUGGGCUACAUCGUCACGUAAACAUGUAUCACAACCCUGAAAAGCCGUAUGCUUGCGACAUCUGCCACAAGCGCUUCCAUACCAACUUCAAAGUGUGGACUCACUGCCAAACUCAGCAUGGUGUAGUACAAAACCCAGCCUCAUCCUCCAGCUCCUCUGUACUGGACGAUAAAUUUCAAAAGAAGUUGAUAGAUAUUGUGCGAGAGAGGGAAAUAAAGAAAGCCUUGCUUUGGAAGUUAAAGAGGAAUAAGCAGGGGUUGCAGUCUCCUUCAAUCCCCAAAAAGAGAUCAAGGCCUAGCUUCAUAUGUCCUUACUGUGGAAAAGUAUUUGUGUUCCAGUCUCAGUACAGACAGCAUUUAAGGACACAUCCUGCUGAAAAAGCUGACCAGGACACAGCGAACGAGAGCAUCCUCUGCCAGGAACAGGAUGAGAACAUUCAACAGAAGAACACAGAUGCUGGUGUUUACUCCUGCAGACUUUGCAAUAUGAAGCUGUCUUCACUCUUUGAGCAGGGGGACCAUGAGAGGGGCUGUCGGCAUGCAACUGUAUGCCCCUACUGUGGUCUCCGAUUCUCCAGUCAAACAGUCAAGAAGGACCAUGAGGCACAUUGUAAGUACAAGAAACUGACAUGCCUGGAAUGCAUGCGGACCUUCAAGUCCUCCUUUAGCAUAUGGCGCCACCAGGUGGAGGUCCACAACCAAAACAUGAUGACAGCUAAAGAGCAGAUUCACCUGAAGCAACAAGAGAACAAUGAAGAGGCGUCUGAAAUGCUCAUAGAGGAGCAUUACAGUGAUGAGCCUCUAGCACCCAGGAGCUCAAGAGAGAACAUCACUUACAGUGACUCAUCAGGUCCACCCAUGUACGAUUCAGACUCCUCAUCCUAUGUGCCUGAGGACCUCAGCACGGGCCGCCAUGGCAGGCUGGUAGUGAAAGAAGAGCCGGUAGAGGAGGCUGUGAGUGAGAUGGAAAACACAGAGACUGGCAAAUCUGGGCCUGAGGAAGCCGGUGUCUGGCCAUGCGAGAAAUGCGGCAAUCUUUUCAGCUCUCGCAAAGACCUGGAACGACACCAGGAGCUGCUGUGCCACAUCAAACCAUUCAUCUGUCACAUCUGCAACAAAGCCUUCAGGACCAACUUCCGCCUUUGGAGCCACUUCCAGUCUCACAUGUCAACUGCUAACGAACCCGGAGCCAAAGAGAUCGACAGAGCCCCCUCGCCUCUGUCUCCCUCCCCCCCCACAACCCCUCAGACCUCUGAACGUCCCUCCCCACAGGCCUCUGUGCUCAAAUCCACCCAGACGACGGCGCCAGUCGCUGCAGUAAUUGCCGAGGAGUCCAGUAGCCCAGAGCCCUGUGGCUCCUCAGGGAGCAAGACGAAGAGGCCGGAACUAGAACGGCAACCCAGCAGCCACAGCCCUCGGUCGAGGUCCAACAGCAUGGAGAAUGCAGGUGGCCCUCAGGAAUCAGACACACUCUUUUACCAUGCACCGUCUCUCUCUGCCCUGACGUUUAAGAGGCAGUACAUGUGUAAACUCUGUCACAGGACCUUCAAAUCAGCCUUUAGUCUCUGGAGCCAUGAGCAGAGUCAUAGUCACGUGUAAGCAUCAGGCGAGUUAUAGAGACAACUGAGAGACGAUAUUUAAUAUUCAUGUAAACACACCUCAUCCUGCAAAACGAAGACUUUGAAUGUAUAGCUUAUUUGCUUGCCUCCAAUGUCAUAUAU